GCAUUCACUAUGCAGAAUUCCGGGAAGUCGCAUGUAACGCGUUUAUAUAAAGGGUCCUUGCAGAACACCCCGAGGGGACAAAUCGAGCUAACUUCAAGCAGCACCUAGUACAAUGCAUCUUGGUAACAGCUUGAGAUUGCUCUGCCUCGCAGCACCAGGCCUCGUCGCCUCAAUUUCUUCUUCUACUCUAUCCACCUCAGGUCGAUGGAUUGUCGACACCGACGGGAACAAUGUCACCUAUGCGGGGGUCAACUGGCCCGGUGCUGAGGUGGCCAUGUUGCCUGAAGGGCUGCAGUAUCAAUCCAUCGAGUACAUCGUCGGCAAGAUCAAGGAUCUAGGCAUGAAUGUCAUUCGCCUUACCUUUGCUAUCGAAAUGAUCGAUGACAUUUACGAGACCGGAGCGGACAUACCGAUUAAAACGUCCUUGAUCAACGCUCUGGGCGAAACAAACGGAACCAAAAUCUACGACGAUAUCGUCAGUAACAACCCACAGUUUGGGGAAAAUACGACACGACUGGAGGUAUACGACGCAGUAGCCGAAGAAUGCUACAACCAAGGUAUCUACGUGCAUCUAGACAACCAUGUCUCCAAAGCAAGUUGGUGCUGCUCGACUACUGAUGGAAACGCCUGGUUCGGAGAUACUUACUUCAACGUAAGCAACUGGCACAGAGGUUGGAAGUAUAUGGCCGAGCAUGUCAAAUCCCUGCCCGCCGUAAAAAGCAUCGGCAUGCGCAACGAACUUCGCAGCCCUGACGACAACACGACACUUGCAGACGACACGUACAACUGGGAAACAUGGUACAGCAACAUGGUCGAGAACGCGAACCAAGUUCAUUCCGUCAAUUCAGACCUACUCCUCUUCUUCUCCGGUCUCAACUACGAUGUCACACUCUCACCGAUACCGACGGCCUCAGACCUCGGUGACGGCACCGUCUUCAAGAAGAGCGAUUUCGACUUUGAAGAUAAAAUCGUACUAGAGCUUCACAACUAUGACUCAUCUGCUACAAGCUGCAGUAGUCUAUCGUCUAGCUUGUUGAGCGAUGGCUUCGAUGCCCUAGAGACGGACGACUCGAGCAUCGUAAAUGUGCUUCCGGUCGUGAUGACAGAGUUCGGGUACGAGCAAGAUGAUUCCACCUAUACGGAAGUAUAUGCCUCAUGCCUGAGAGAAUGGCUGCUCAGUGUUCAUGCCGGGUGGAUGAUUUGGGUGCUUUCGGGCAGUUAUUACAUCCGACAGGGAACACAGGAUUAUGAUGAAACUUGGGGUCUUCUAGAUCAUACGUGGUAUGGCUGGCGAUCAACCGAGGCAAUUGAUAAUGGCAUCAUUCCUAUGGUCAACGCGAGUCUGGGAUAGGCUUGGGAUACUGACUGACCUCGUCGGUAUAUCGGUGUCCAUGUAACGGAGGGCUUUUAACUUGGUCCUUCGAGCGUCC